UCUCUUUAUAGAGGGGGUUGGCCUUUUCCUUUCAAAAGCUCUGACGAAAAUUGAAAUAAUAUGAAGUUUUCACCAUUUCUUUGCGCAUUUUUCAACUGUCUUCGUUCGUCGAGCGGCCAGACUCGGCCUAGUCAACUCAGCUAGAUGCUCGUGCUCACGAACUUCUUUUCUUCCUCGUCUUCCUCCUCAUGGAGAACGGCAGCGGCUCGGAUCCGUGGAUAGCCCCUGACAAGCUCUAUCACGUACUCUUCUGCCUCUUCCUCACUCUCCUCUUCUCCUUCGCCGCCUCCCGCACCAGGUAUCCCUUCCUCCGCCGCCACUCCAUCCGGCUCGGAUCCAUCGCCUCUCUCCUCGCCGGCGCAGCCAAGGAGGCUGCCGACCAGUUCGGGAUCUUCCCCUCUGCUGGUGCCUCCGCCAAGGACGCCGUGGCUGAUGUGAUCGGCGUCCUCAUUGCCGCCGGCGGGCUCGCUUGCUGCAAACCGGUGAAGCGGCCUGAAUUGGAUACCCUUCCGGUUCCAGCCCGAGCUGUAUCAAUGGUGUAAAUGAUUAUCUUCCGGAAUCCUCUCUCCCUUGUGAUUAUGAUUAUUGAGUUGAUAAAUUAGGGAAGAAAGAAGAUUUCUUAACAUUGAUUUCAUUCAGGUAUCAGAUCAGACUCCCUCAUCUUCUCCACAGUUCAAUUUUGUUUUCUUCAUAUUGUUGAGAUUGCAAUGUUCGUACAUUCUCAGCGAAGAAUUGUUACUGUAUUUGUAGAAAUGCAGAAAGCAAACGUGAAAAUGGAAAAAAAGAAACUUCUAAAGACGUGCUUCUCUUUUCAACUUAUUAAUAAGUGUAUUGGAGUGUCUGCAGUUCAAUCUGCUAUAAUGCGUAUGAAAUGGCACAACUUGAAAGUACUGAAGUGCCCAACUGAUUAAGGGCGUGAACAUGAUAAUGUGCUUCCAUAUAAUUUUGAGAAAUCUGCCGGGAGUUCGGGGGCUUGUCAUACAAUAAAGUCCAGGAAGUGGUGAAUGAAAGGGUCAAAAAAGGGGUCGGAUCAACUCGCUGGGCUUCCAUGGACGCUGACACCAACUGAUAGAGAGAGAGAGAGAGAGUGCUCUGUUAGCAGUGAUUGCUGCUGCAUUGAAUUUUGAUUCGCCAAGAGGAGAGCAAUUGUAGAUAUUCAGCCGCCAUGACUUGAUUUUGAUCUGCUUGACUUGUUUUAUGACUUUCUUUUUUUAUCUGCUUGAUUUAGAUCGAA